GCGAAAAACACGACUACUAUGACCCGUGACCGCUGCCACAUGUUCAAAGUUUGGCCGGUGGGACUGCAGGGUGGGACGGACCGCACCCACAUCACUCGGCGUAUAAAGGUGGCGGCAGGCGGCAGAUGAGCCAGGCAGCUGAGGACAGCAACAGCCACGACAACAGGGUACCAUCCACGCUCAGAGAAGAUGAAGUGUGCGAUUCUCCUGCUGUGUGCGGUAGCGGCGCGUACCCUGACCGCCUCCCCAAUCACCAGUACUCUGUACACGGCCAACCCGGCCGACGGACUCUACUCGCUCAAAACGGGACUUCCUUACGCGUUUCUCCGCAAGAGGCGCGAUGUGAGCCCCGCGGAGACCCUCCGUCAGAGAAGGGAGCUGGAUCAGGCCGCUGCCGAGACUGCCCUGUACUACAGCCCCCUGGCGUACUCCAACUUCGGGUACGCCGGUCUCGGGUACCCGCACAUCUUCCGCAAGAAGAGGGAUCUCGAUCAGGUCGCCGCCGGCACCGAUUUCUCCUUUUCUCGCUACUCCCGCCGGCAGUAUAUCAACCGUAAUACGUAUUCCUCGCGGAGAUUUGGGUACUACUGAUGUAUGAUAGAACGUGUAAUGCCUACGCUGACUGAACUCGGAUAAAUACAGUUGACAAUGCACAAAAAA